CAUUGCUCCUUUGCCGUUUAUGAGUGGUGAAAAAACGAAAGAAAAGCUGUCAAUCCAACAAGUUGAUGGGAAUAUUUUAUUAAGGAAGGAGGACUUUCUUGAUGAAGACAUAUUAUUUGACUCACGCGGAAACUUUGAGCUACCCUCUUUCGACGCACUAGAUGAACAGCUGGAAACUUUUUUCAACUCAGGGACCCUUAAUAAGACCAAGAAAGAGUUGAACAGACAAAAUUAUGAAGAAAAGGAGCUUUCUUUGGAACUUGAAGUGGACCGCAACCAUUCCAGUGCAAGUCAUUUUGAGAAUUCUUCCGGUGAAUUUUAUGCUUGGAAAACAAAUUCUGCAGUAGAAAAUACCAAUGAUAAAGGGGACCUUACAAAGCCGCAAAAAGUUUUCUCUAAUACGAAGAGUACCGUAUCGAAGUCUUGCGUAGUUGAGAAAAAUGCCCCACCUUUAGAGGCACAGUCACACGUGACGCUUGACAGUGACACCAGCAGAAAAAAGACCAUACCGUUGAAUCAUAGAAAUGAGAUGUCAGAUUAUGGUUAUUAUUCGAAAAACUCCGACCCAACUGGGAACUCUGUGUUUUUGGAAAACAGACCCAAGACGGAUGAAAGGAAUGAGCUUUACUAUUCAGACUUGUAUCACCCCAAACGGAAACGUGAGUUUAUUGGUGAGAAACUAUCGUCACACUCUGGUAUAUCCAAAGAAACCUCAAAUUUACGAACCAGUCAGACAAUGAAACUCGAGAGGAACUCAAGCUUAUCAGAUGGGACUACUAUGCAUAGCAAUUUGAACAACUUGAAGAGACAAAAAUGGAUAUUGCCUCAGGAUUUUGAAACUUCUUCUUUGCAACAACCGGAUAGGAAGUUAGUAGAAGCGCAAAAAGACCUUUUUCGUCAAGAAUUCAGUUCGAUGCCUCUUAAAGUAUCUCUUCAAGGAAGCACCUCAAACGUUGAUGUGAAAGCAGAAAAUUCUCUACCGUUACAAAUUGUAGACUCCGUAAUGCCUGUAGGUCAUUUGUCUCAAACUUCCAAGUGCAAUGAUGUAAAUAAGAAUGAUGUUAAAUAUCUCAACGAAAGUAUGCAGAGACAAAUUGACGAUACGAAGAGGCAUUCAGUUAAUAGGAGUUCGAUUUUAACCUCCAGACUUCAUCGUUUCCCUUUGAAGCCCAAGAUAUUGUUUGGAGUUAUCGAAUUGUUGAAGUGCCAAAGAAAAAGGAAUUUACCUUCCGAAGAGACGAAGUAUUUCAUCUUAAUGAAACUUCUCAAAGCUCAUACUGUUCCAUACCCUAAUAGUAUUUUGACCUUUAGACAUCUCUUUGCGCUCCGUGUACAGUAUCGAAUAUUUUACGAAAUGAAGAGAGGUGGAAGACUUCCAGAAGAUACUCUAAAUGCUUCACGUGCGUUGACAAUUGGUAGCGGUUCCAUUCCGCAAGUUGAGAAGAUGAACAACAAGAGCAAGCCUCCAGAAAGGAAUUUUACGAGACAGCAAGUUUUUGUUCAGUCUCUGCCUUUUCCUGCUGAAAAGCUUUCUUCUGAUCUCAAUAUAACGCCGCUCGAUAGCUCCUUUUUGAGAAAAGAAGCGGAUAGAUUGGUAACGACUCUCUCCAGAAGAUUCGCCAACAAGUUAGCGACGGAAAUUUCCAGUUUCAAGUGUAACGAAGAUGCUUCUGUGGAAGAUUCCAAGCGUUGGGGUGCACAAAAAAGGACUUUGCGCAUACAAUAUUCAAAGGCAAAUCUCGUUGUCUUACAACGAAAACUACGUCGACGAGUUUUAGAAGAGAGGAGAAUGGCUGAGGAACAAGGCAAGUUAGGUUCCAAAUCUAGACUUCGAUCAUUUCGUGCUCUUAUGAAGGAAGCUGAGAAGAUGGAACGCUUUAUGUUGAAAGAAAUGGAAGCUCAGGAACGAGAGAAACGGAAGAAUUUUGUGUCUUUCCUUUCAUCUCUAAUGAGUCAUAUAAACAAUUUUCGACAGUAUCAUAAAGAAUAUGUUCAUCGGUUGAGGAGAUCAGUUGCUCGCUCAGUUUUGCGUUAUCAUGAAGACAAGGCUCGUGCAGUUGAAAGGGCUGAGAAGGAAGCCGAACGUCGUCGAAUCAUUGCCUUGAAAGAAAACGAUGAAGAAGGCUAUGUAAACCUCCUUCGUCAGACAAAGAACGAAAGGUUACUGCAGGUUCUUAAUCAGACAGAUGAAUAUUUAAGGCACUUGGGCGCAGUAGUUAAGCAGCAAAGGGAUGGAACUUUGAAUGAUGGUCAGCAUUAUCUUGAGAAGGAAGAAACAAACAAAACAGACGUCCUUAGUAGAGAAAACUGUCAAACAUAUUAUGAAAUUGCUCAUGCCAUUAAAGAGCCAAUAACUGAGUUACCUACUAUUCUUCAAGGAGGUACUUUGAAGCAAUACCAAAUUCAAGGGCUUCAAUGGCUGGUUUCAUUAUAUGUCAAUCAUCUGAAUGGCAUUUUAGCAGAUGAAAUGGGAUUGGGAAAGACUAUUCAAGCUAUUGCACUAUUGGCAUAUUUGGUUGAGAAAAAGAACAAUAGUGGUCCGUUCCUUAUAGUUGUUCCACUUUCGACGCUAAGUAAUUGGGAACUGGAAUUCGAGAAAUGGGCUCCUUCUCUUCAUGUCGUUGUAUUCAAAGGUGACCGCAAACAGAGAAAGUCACUCUAUGACACUGUUAUACAACCACUAAACUUUAAUGUUUGUUUAACAACAUUUGAGUUUGUAUCAAGGGGAAAGAACUUGCUUGGAAAGGUAGAAUGGAAUUAUUUGAUUGUUGAUGAAGGUCAUCGAAUGAAAAACCAUGAGAGUAGAAUAACGGCAAUCUUGAGUCAACAGUUUAAGAGUCGUAGUAGACUUUUGAUGACAGGAACUCCCUUACAGAACUCGUUGUCAGAGUUGUGGUCGUUACUGAACUUUGUUCUGCCAAAUAUUUUUUCGAGCAGUGAAACUUUUGAAAGUUGGUUUGCUGCUCCAUUUGCUUCUAUACCUGGAGAAAAGGCAGACUUAUCGGAGGAAGAAACGUUGCUUAUUAUUCGACGGCUUCAUCAAGUUCUUCGACCCUUUUUGUUGAGACGUCUCAAGAGUGAUGUUCUUCGUAUGGGUGAUCAGCUGCCAACUAAGCAGGAACAUGUCAUCCUUUGUGAGAUUUCCGCUUGGCAGAAAAUGGUUUAUCGUCGGAUACUUAGGGGACAAAAGGUUGUAUUUACUGGCCUUUCAGGAAGAAGAAGACAUGAUUUUUUAUCAAACCCUGCAAUGCAGUUGCGGAAAAUGGCUAAUCAUCCAUAUCUCUUUUACGAAGAUUAUUCGGAGGAGUUGAUGUUAGGAAAUAGAGAUUCGGAGGAGCUUUUCAGGGCUUCAGGAAAGUUUUAUAUGUUUGACAUGUUAUUACAAAAAUUUCUUCGAACAGGACAUCGCGUGUUGGUUUUUAAUCAAAUGACAAGAGUGAUUGACUUACAAGAGCGACUUUUACGUUUCAGAGGCAUAAACUUUCUAAGACUUGAUGGUUCAACAAAGUCUGAAAUGCGUCGUAAUAUUGUUGAAGAGUUUAAUCGUAGUGAUACUAUUUACCAUGUAUUACUGCUUACCACUCGAGCAGGUGGUUUAGGUGUUAAUUUACAGAGCGCAGAUACUGUGAUUAUUUUUGAUUCAGAUUGGAAUCCUCAAAUGGACUUGCAAGCACAGGACCGUGCACAUCGCAUUGGUCAAGAUAAGGAAGUUCUUGUUUUACGAAUUGUUGCUGCGAAUACUAUCGAAGAACGUAUACUUGAGCGGGCUUCAUAUAAGAAGGAUAUGGAACAGAAAGUCAUUCGAGCUGGAAUGUUCAAUGAAACCUCCAAGGAUUCUGAUCGUCAAGCAUUAUUGCGAGAGCUUUUGAAAGAUGAUGAAGAACGAUCUAGUGAAGGACAUGAAAGUCGAGUUCCGGAUCUGGAGACCAUUAAUGCUAUGAUUUCGAGGUCGGACAAUGAAAUGGAAAUAUUUCAACAAGUUGAUGAAGAGAGACAAAUCGAAUUGAAUAGUCGAUCUCCUUUGAUGGAACCGAAUGAAAUUCCUUCAUGGGUGAUUGGAGACGUGAAUGAAGAGGACGACGAAGACUUGGGCGAAUGGAGUCUUUCAAAGUCCGACUAUUUGCCAAAGGAAUCUGAGUCUUCAUAUAGUUUUCAUUCCGUUUCUAGUGACGAUGAGAUUUCCUAUCAAGCAAGUGAAUGGGAAGUUCAUUCAGCACAUAGAAGCAAGCGAGAUUCAUAUGAAUUUCAUCAAGUCUCUUCAGAAUGGUGUGAAAGCAAUGCAAAGUUGAGGAAUGCACAAUCCGACAAUGUUUCUGGUACCACGUGUUUAUUGGAACCUGAUGAAACCUGUAAUGAAAAUGUUGUAGGAAGAGAUGAUAGAGAGUCUGACUAUAGUGAUAGUUAUCAAAAAUCGAUUUCAGAGAGAGCCUCGAUAAGCAUAGAAGGUUUAAAUGGAAGUCUUUGUUUUACAGAUGAUGAAACUUAUUCAGGCUGGUUUGAGGAAGCAGAACUUGGACAAGAGACAUAAAACGAAGAGAAUUAUUUAUUUUG